AUGAGGUUCAAUUUAGGAAUAGUUAUAACAUUUAUUUUAUUGGGACUACCUCAAAUUAUAUCUUCCUCAGUAAUUGGUGUAGAUUACGGCCAAGACUAUUCUAAAGCAGUAGUCAUAGGUCCACAAGCGCCUUUAGAGAUAGUUUUAACUGAUGACUCAAAAAGAAAACAAUUGACUGGUGUUUUAAUUAAAUCUUUGGGCGCCACUGCCAAAAACGAUGACAUAGAAAGAUUUUAUGGUUCAGAUAUCCAGUCUUAUAUGACUAGGUUUCCCCAAAAUACAAUAACCGGAUUGAAAAAAUUAUUAGGUAUAAGUAACACAAACGAUGUUCCACAACUUUACCGAAAAAUGCAUCCAGGUUUGGAAAUCAUUAACAAAACAACAACAGGCACUUCUUCCAAAAAAAACAAAAGCAAUGGUAUUUCAAUAAUGGUUGACGGAAUUGAAUAUCCUAUCGAAGAGUUGAUAGCGAUGGAUUUGGAACAAAUAAUUUCAAGGGGAGAGGAGAUAUUUUCUAAAAAAAGCAGAAGUAGCAAUAACAAUAAAAAAACUUAUUAUGGAAAUGCUUUAGAACAUUUGGGAUUAACAAUCCCUACACAUUAUACCGAAGAACAACGCCAAAAUUUGAUUGACAGCGCUAAAUUAUUGCAUAAUAUUCGUGACUUUAGCGGGUUCGUCGAUGAUGGCUUAACUGUGGCCAUAAAUUACGCUUUAAAGAGAAAACAUGAAUUUGAAAUCAAUAAGGACAAUGGUGGUAAAUAUUUGAUUUACGACUCAGGUGCUGAUUCUACAAAAGCUUCUCUUGUUGAGAUUUCUAGUGUCAAUGACACUUUAACUGUGGAACUAAUAGGGUAUGGAUACAAUUCUGUUAUUAGUGGCAACCAAUUAACUUUGGAGCUAGCUAAUUUGAUUACUUCCAAGUUUUUGGAACAGUAUGAGACGAAAGUUACUUUAGAUGAUUUGAAUAAGCAUUACAAGGCUCAGUCUAAAAUAUUACAAGCCGCUGAAAAAUGCAAAUUAGUACUAAGUGCAAACGCUGAAGCGCAUGUUUCUAUUGAAAGUUUAUACAGCGAUGAUUUUGAUUUUAGAACCAAAAUUACAAGGGCCGAGUUUGAGAGUUUGAUUUUAUCCAAGUAUAAUAAUGAUAUUUUGGAACCAAUAGAACAAUCUUUUGAAUUACUAACUGCUGGCAAUGAUACUUUACAUAUUUCUUUGGAAGAUCUAAAUUCCAUAAUUUUGACGGGUGGUUCAUCUCGGGUACCAUAUAUUCAAUCUGUCUUGACUGAUUACGUUGCUAAUCCAGAUUUGUUAUCUAGGAGCGUUAAUGCAGAUGAAUCUUCUGUCAACGGGUUAGUUUUCAAAACUGUUCAGUUGUCCAAUGCAUUUGCGUUUAAACAGAAAAUUAAUGUUAUUGACCGUUCUGUUUAUGAGUAUUCUUUGAAUUAUAACGGUAUGAAUUAUACCAUUUUCCCCAAAGGUUCUGAAUUUCCAAGUGAAAAGACAAUUUUAUUGUUACCAGAAGAAAAUGCUAAUAGAAGCAAAGAAUUUGUUUUCAAGUUGGGAGAGUUCUCACAACCAAAAGACAUAGGUUUUUCUAAAGAAGUUAAAAUUAAAAACAUUUAUGGCAAUACCAAUAGCAAUUUUAAUCUAAGUAACUGUGGGGGGGAGGAAUAUGGCUUUAAUGCUACAUUUCAAUUGGAUGCAAAUAGGAUUUUCAAUGUUGUUAAUGUGGAACCUAUUUGUCUAAUUCCAAAAGUACCAACUGAGGGCGCGAAGUUUAAAACUAAUAGUACUGUUGCUGUGAAAAAUAAUAAAAAAAAGUCUAUUAAAUUAACUAUAAAUUCCGCAACGUAUCCAGCAUCAAAAAGAACACCAUUGAGUAAUUUUGAGGUUUCUAAGAUGAAACAACACUUGCAGAAUUUGACCUUUAAAGAUGAACAAAGAAAAAUAAUUCAAGAAAAAUUGAACGCUUUGGAAAGUAAGUUAUAUGAGUUUAGAUCAUUUUUAGAAGAAUAUGAUGAUCAAGACACCAUUCCAAAUGACGAAUUUAUUACUGCAAACAAUUUGAUUACAGAUUAUUUGGAAUGGUUAGAUUUUGAUAGUGCAGGAUGUACUACCAAGGAUAUCAGUGGAAAGCUGGGAAAUGUAACCACCGUUUUCAAUAGAAUUAGUAAAAUUAUUAAGUCCACAGAGGAGGACUUGUCAUUUGAUUUAUUUGAGCAAUACUUAAGUGAAGGUGAAGAGUUUGUUUAUAACAUGACUCAAUUGGAGGAACAAGAAGCUGAGGAUACCUUAGCUUUAUCGAAAGAGUUUCAAGAAUUGGAAUUGGGUGAUGUUAUUGAGGAGUAUUCUAAAGUGGAAAUACCCAAAUAUAUUGGUGAAAAAUAUAAUGUUUUCAAGAAAAAUUAUCAAAGAUUUAUUGCCAUUUUGGAAAAAAUCCAUGAUUUACUCGAAGAACAUGAGGAUUCUUUUGAUAAACUUGAUAAAUUGGGUUUGUAUGAAUUGAAAGAGAGUUAUUUGGAUUUAUACGAAAAGAAACUUCCAUAUUAUUUAAAAAACGCUCAAGCUAAACAUGUUUAUAUAAUAAAAGCUUUAAGAGGGAAAAUCACCAAGAAGUUGAGAAACAUGAAGAGGGAACAAGAAAGACAACAAUUCAAAUUGAAUAAUGGCACUCAUUCGUCCGUAAAUUCUACUGAUACUUUUAGUAGCGUUAGUAAUAGUAGUGUAUCCACAUCCACAUCCACAUCCACAUCCACGAUUCUAGAACAUGAUGAAUUGUAA